AAAUAUUUAGGAAAUAUGAUAAAUUAAAAGUUCACUCCGGACAGCGAGUCCCUAGUACAUAUAAAGAUUAAAAAAUGCAUGCCGUUGGAAUACACUCGGCGAUGGCGAUUAAGCGCCAGCGAAAACGCCGUGAUGAACAGAAAAGGGCAAGAGAGAGACGUUACAGCACUCAAAGCUCGGAGAGCGGAGAGACUUUUCAUUCUCCAAGUGGAUCAGUAAGACGUAAAUACAACCAUCCACAUCAUGCAGUCAAAGCAGGACCAGGACUAGAUAGUCAGGUGGUAACGAGUAUUGGUAUGCUGCAUAUUGGCAUUGUUUUCAUUGUUUUUGGAGUUUUCCUCUGUGGAGCUGGCAUUAUUCCAGAUGAGGCAAUGAACUGGAACGUGUUUAGCUCUAACAAUGCUUGGUGGAAUGAAGUAACUUGCACUGGUCUGUUUUCAUUCGGAUUAGGCCUAUUUCUGUUGGUUCUAAACUGUCUAAUAAGCCGAAAAGAGGAAGAGGAUCUCGAGGAUUAUGUACAACGUCAGCUUACCAGAUCGCGAUCAGGACAUCGCCUUGAGCGCGAUGUAGAAACUGGAGUUUUGACCACACGUCAUGCUCGAAAGGCUGUAGCUUUGCAAAAAAACGGAAGAAACGGACCAUCGUCUCCUACGGAUGUCGCUGUAGUGCAUUGUGGCUCUACAGAAAGUAUAUCCAAUGGACAAAUAGUAGGUCGUAAUGGGAUAAACACUUCGGGCGAUAUACUACUCGAGAAGAUUGUGGAGGAAGACACCCCGUAUUUGAAUGAGCACAGCGCGGGAAUAUCGCCAAUUGAAAUUGAGAAUGAUACAAAACAACUUCUAAGAAGGGAAUCAAUAACAGAUGCAAUCAACAUAACACGCAUAUAAUACUUAGGUACUUAUGCUAUUUUAAACUUUAAGUACUUACAGAUGCUAUUUUUUUCAAAUCAUAAAUAGAUGUUACUGUUUAAACAAUCCAA